GUGUAUCCUUCCGCUGAAUAUUGGUGUGUGGUGACUCCUGACGAUCACCGUGCUUUCCUCCUGGAUGAAGUUCAUCGAUUUUCUUUGGCCUUCCCUUCCUCUUCGCCAUUGCAUUAGAGAGAGAAAACCCCUACUCGAUGAAGUUCAUCGAGUUUCUAUCUUGCUUUUGAACAUUGUUUAUGUAUUCUGCUUUCUCAGUAUCUGGUUAAUUUGUGAUGCCAGUGAAAGAAUUUGAUCUGCACAGCAAUUGUUGGUUAGAUUUCAGGACUUCAGGAGAUGCACCGGUAACACGUGGAGGUCAUUAUGUGAACCUUUUAGGAAAUUGCCUAGUGAUAUUUGGCGGAGAAGAUGCAAGAUGGAUUUGUCCAUUGAAUGAUUUGCAUGUCCUUGAUCUUGUGAGCCGGAAAUGGAGCAAACCGCCGGUUAGAGGAGUUCCUCCAGCAGGCAGGUUACAUCAUGCUGCUACUGUUCAUACGGCUCGUCGCGAGCUCCUGAUAUUUGGUGGUCUUAAAUAUCCAGAGUUCGUUAAUGAUCUCCAUGUUUUAAAUAUUGACACAUGGGAAUGGUCGAGACCCAAGCAGCAUGGGGAAAUACCAGGACCACGCUGUGGUCAUGCAGGUGCAACAAUUGGAGAUAGCUGGUUUAUUGUCGGUGGUUACAAUGGAGCCAGUCGAACCCCUGAUGACAUUAUCGUCCUCAACAUGUCAAAUUAUGUAUGGUCAGUGUUACCAACUACAGGGGAAUGCAUCUCUGCUACCACGCUGGGAUCGAGUUUGGUUGUGAGUGCCUAUAAAGGUCAGACUGCUGAAAUCUUUUGGUGGAUAUAGUAUGUGCGUUACGAAUAAGGUACGGUAACUCGCACGCGCACAUGCAUCUCCUGAACGACGUUUGAACAACUAAUUGGGUGUAUGUUUGAGAAUGGUAUUGGAGUGCUGUUUGGCCUUGAAUAGCUCUUCCAUAGAAGGCUCUUUUGUCAAGCAGACCAACCUUUUGGGUUAUAUGUUGUACGGACAUUGCAUUUAAAUUUGUUGUUGGCUUGUUGUUGGAGUGUUGGACAUUUCACAUUUGACAAUUAAUAUGUUUGGUGCUA